AUCAUUUUAGUCCAUAACCCAUUGAAACCAUAAUUUCUUCGAGUGAGUGCAGAGUGGAGAGACCCGAGCAAAUGCCACCCCAAUAAGCAUUUUGCCUCUGGGCCAUGGGACAUCGGGCGAACUAUGUGGUAGGGAGGAUAUAUAGCGAGAAAGAGAGGGGGCUAGAGAGUGUGAAAGAGAGGGGGAGACCCAUACGCUUUAACCUGUUUUCCGCGAAGCUUUUACGCACUCGCAGGGCUCUCUUUUAAUUUUGGCCGAGAGAGAAGAGAGGGAAUUUUUUUUUUUUUUGCCACCCUUCUGGGGAAAAGCACACACGAAGGAGAUUCUUAGCCGAGAGAUUUUAGAGAGAAAUUCAGAGAAAAAGAGACCUUUCGCCAGCGAAUUGGCCCAGUAUCCAUUCGGCCGUGUUCCCAUAAUGUCCGCCAGCGGUCGUCGCUUCUGUCGCAGCCGUUGCCAAAGUUGUCAUUGUCAUCCGUACCAGCAGCAGCAGCAGCAGCAGCAGCAGCAAUAUCCACAGCAGCAACAUCUACAGCAGCAACACUAGGCAGCAGCAACUAGCAGCAACAUUCACAGCAGCAACAUCUAUAGAAGAAGCGGAGCAGAAGCAGAAGCAGCAGCUUAAAAAUACAUUUUUCACAAUGAAGCAAACGAGCG